ACUGGUAGAAAUAAUUGAGUUUGUGGCUCAGAGUGAUCAAAGGUGGUCCAAAUAAUACAAAUUGUAACAUGCAGAGAUAGAGUCUAAGUUGACGUGUAGUGUCCUCUCGCAUGUCUAUCAAUCUAUCUAUAUGUCAUAAUCAUUGAUGGAUCAUCAUUAAAGUACUAGUUAUCGUACUUGGUAUAAAUUUAUUUGCUUGUUUGGGUGACUAAUGAUGAGGUGUUGAAAGAAUGAGCAGUAGCAGAGGAGCCAAGAAGGCUGGAGCAGCGCGCAUGCGUGUGGGGAAGUAUGAGAUCGGCAAGACCUUGGGAGAAGGCAGCUUUGGUAAGGUUAAAUAUGGGCGGCAUGUCGAGACGGGGCGGAGCGUGGCCAUUAAGAUCAUUGCCCGUGAUCAUGUUCUCCGGCACAAGAUGGUUGAUCAGAUCAAAAGGGAAAUUUCAACCAUGAAGCUAAUUGAACACCCCAAUGUUAUAAAUCUCGUCGAGGUAAUGGCAAGCAAAACCAAGAUCUUCCUUGUACUUGAGUAUGUCGAUGGAGGAGAGCUCUUCGAUAAAAUUGCCCAACAAGGGAGACUUAGUGAAGAUGAGGCAAGGGGAUACUUCCAGCAGCUUGUGAAUGCUGUAGACUACUGCCAUAGUAGAGGUGUCUACCACCGAGACUUAAAGCCUGAAAAUCUGCUCCUGGAUUCAUCUGGCACUCUAAAAGUUUCAGACUUUGGAUUGAGUGCUUUGUCGCAACAACAACGGGAAGACGGGCUUCUUCACACUGCUUGUGGUACUCCUAACUAUGUAGCUCCCGAGGUGCUGACUGACAGAGGCUAUGAUGGUACUACAGCUGAUGUAUGGUCUUGCGGAGUCAUUCUUUUUGUUUUAAUGGCGGGAUAUUUACCAUUUGAUGAGCCUAACCUCCCUGCCUUGUAUAGGAUGAUACAAAAUGCUGAUUUCACAUGUCCGCCAUGGUUUUCACCUGAAGCAACAAAAUUGAUUAAGCAUAUUCUAGAGCCAAACCCCAGCAAACGGAUAACAGUUCCAAAAAUCCUAAAAAAUACUUGGUUUAGGAAAGGAUACAAGGCACCGAACUUCGAGAAGGAAGCGAAUGUGAUGAAUCUUGAUGAUGUCGAUGCAGUUUUCAAUAGUACAGAGGAAAAUCUUGUUACGGAAAAGAAAGAAAAACCUGAAUCCUUGAAUGCUUUUGAGCUCAUUUCCAAAACACAAAAUCUAGAAAAUUUGUUUGAAAAACAAAAGGGUCUUUUUCACAGAGAAACAAGUUUUGCAUCCAAGUGUCCUCCAAAUGAGAUAAUGUCCAAAAUCGAGCAAGCUGCAAAACCUUUAGGCUUCAAUGUUCAUAAGCGGAACUAUAAGAUGAAAUUGCAAGGUGACGAAACUGGAAGGAAGGGGCACCUUGCUGUAGCUACAGAGGUUUUUGAGGUGGCUCCCUCGUUGCACAUGGUGGAGCUCCGGAAAGUAGGUGGUGACACUCUAGAGUUUCACAAGUUCUAUAAAAAUUUCUCAACGGGGCUAGAAGAUAUUGUGUGGACUACUGAACAAAAUCAGGAUGAAAAGAAGUGAGCACAUAUUAUCAUUUUUGCGGGGCUUGCUUCAUCCAUUGCUAUAUAUAUUCAUGGUAACAUGAGAGCAUCCCAACAAGGAAAUUGUGCUGGAACAUAUACGGAAAUCAAAAGAACUACCCAAACUUGGAUUAAUCUUUCCUAAUGUUUCCCCAUCACAAAAUAAGCUAGAAGUAAAUUUGAAAUGCACAUGCAGAAGGUUUUUUAAGCUAGUACAUCUAGGAAAAUCUUGAACAUUUUCAGGAUGAAGGCCUUGUUGAUUUUUACUUUUUAAUUUUUUUUGAAGUUUAAACGUUGUCACUCCUAGACAAUUUAGUGUUGGCAUUAUAGAAUAUAUUCAUAGGAAUCUGUCUGUAGGACAAUGCAGACGUUAUUUUUACAACUGAAUAAUAUUAGAGUUUCCCCAA